CUUCCUGGCGGGUGACAUUCAGCCAGCCAGUCGCAGCGACGGACCUUCACUCCUAGAACCAUGGCCCAGUUUGUCCGUAACCUCCCGGAGAAGGCACCGGUCUUGGUUAACGCUGCUGUGACUUACUCGAAGCCUAGAUUGGCCACAUUUUGGCACUAUGCCAAGGUGGAGCUGGUUCCUCCAACCCCUGCUGAGAUCCCUACAGCUAUUCAGAGCCUGAAAAAAAUAGUCAAUAGUGCUCAAACUGGUAGCUUCAAACAGCUCACAGUUAAGGAAGCUCUGCUGAAUGGUUUGGUGGCCACCGAGGUGUUGAUGUGGUUUUAUGCCGGCGAGAUCAUAGGCAAGCGUGGCAUCAUUGGCUAUGAUGUUUAAAGACCAAUCUUUUAACAUGUCAUUAUAUUUGGUUUAUUAUUUCGGUGUUCUUGGACCAUGUGUGAUCAGAUUGGUAUUUGAAUAAAAUAAGACAGCGUGUCAAAAUCAGUGUUUUCUCUAUCAAACACUGUAUGGAAGGU